AUGAAUUUAGCAGCUGGUAUCGAGUCUCAUACGACAAAUGGUUUAUCUUCAUCGUCUACUCAUCAACGAAAAACAAAGCAACAAGAGAAUUUGCUUGAACUAAAAAAUGCUAAAUUGAUACGAUCAAUAUCACAACAUGAUGAAGAACUUGAAGAAAGACAACAAAUAUUAAUUCGUAAGAAAGGUGAACAAGAAAUAAUACGUAAUGAAACAGAUAAAAUUGUUUUAUGGCGACAACCAAUAAAUACAAUUCAUUAUUGUUUACUUGAAAUAAUUUAUUUAAUUCAUCAUAAUUUUAAACAUUUAUUAUCCUAUCGAAAAACUUUAUUUCUUUCAAGUAUAUUAUUAUUAUUUUUCUUAUUUAUUUAUAAAUCUGAAGGUUCACAUCAAAAAAGUAUUCAUGAAAUAGAAAGUUUAUUUUUUUGGACAUUAUAUUGGUUUGGUCUUGGUGUUGCAUCAUCUAUUGGAUUAGGUACAGGUUUACAUACAUUUUUACUCUAUCUUGGUCCAUUUAUUGCUCAAGUAACAUUAGCAGCAUAUGAAUGUGGAUCAAUAAAAUUUCCUCGUCCACCAUAUCCAAAUGAAAUUGUUUGUCCAUUAUCAUCAAGAAUAGAUGAAACAAUUCUAACAGAUUUAUUAGAAACAAAAUCAAUAUCAUUUUGGAAUAUAUUAUGGAAAGUUAAAUUAGAAGCAUUUUUUUGGGGUUUAGGUACAGCAUUUGGUGAAUUACCACCAUAUUUUAUGGCUCGUGCUGCACGUUUAGGUACAACUGAUGUAGAUGAUGAUGAAGGAUUAAUUGAUUUCAAAAGAUUAAUAAUUGAUGCUGAAUUAAAUAGUUCUCAAAAUUUAACAUUAUUUCAACGUUUACGUUAUUCAGUAUAUCGUCUUAUUGAACGUAUUGGAUUUUUUGGUAUAUUAUUAUGUGCAAGUAUACCAAAUCCAUUAUUUGAUUUAGCUGGUAUAACAUGUGGUUAUUUUUUAAUAUCAUUUUCGAGAUUUUUUUUUGCAACAAUUAUUGGCAAAGCUUUGAUUAAAAUGAGUAUACAAACAAUAUUUAUUAUAUUUUUAUUUAGUGAACAUCAUGUUGAACGUAUGAUACGUUGCAUGAAACAUAUACCAUUUUAUGGUAAUUUAUUACAAACACCAUUUAAAGAUUGGUUACAUGAACAAAAAAUGAAUAUGCAUAGAAAACCAGGUCAACAUUUAACUAAUCAUAUAACAAGAAUAUCAACAUUAACUAAAAUAUUUAAUUUAUUUGUUGCUGCUAUGAUUGCAUAUUUUAUUAUAUCAAUUAUUAAUUCAUUAGCACAACGUUAUUAUAAACGUAUACGUACAAAAUGUAAAUAA